AUGGCCAGUGAGGUCUCUCUCCGCAAGGCAACCAGAGUAGUCCGGACGUUCGUAUCAGCUUUCACUGUGCUGUGCGGCGCCCGGACCGACCUCCCCGACAGGCACAUGUGUUGUGUCUUCUGGCUGAACAUCGCUGCUGCUCUCAUUCAGAUCCUUACAGCAAUCGUGAUGGUUGGCUGGAUUAUGAGUAUAUUUUGGGGGAUGGACAUGGUCAUUCUUGCAAUUUCACAAGGUAAGUUCGUUUCUGUUUCUCCUAACCCUCCUGCUAGCAUCCAGUGGCUAGAUCCUGACGGGCGCAGGCAGGCCAAUUCCCACGGAAACCCCGAGUGCUGCUCGGGGGCGAGGAGUGGAGGGUUCGGUUUGGCAGGCGUCACCCCGCUCAGUCCGAGGCGUGUCGGCGUGUGUCUGCAUCCGUACCGUGGCCGCCCCGGCGGGCCCGGGGGAGAGCGAAGGGCCCUGCCGUGUUACGAGUGCGGACCCCGGAUCCGGCAGCGGGAGAGCCUUGGCCGGGGUCGCUUGCCUUUCGCCUAA